UAUAAAUAAGUGAUUAAUCAAUAAUAAUUAUCUCUUGUGUUGAAUAAAACCAAAUCUAUGAAAAAAAAUGAUUGCAUUGAAAACUUUUCAUUUUAUUUUCAUAAUUACUACCACCACCAUUCACCUAAAUAAUGGUUUGAUGAACAAUUUAAAUGAUCCAAAUCAUGUGAAUGUCCCAGAUUUUCAACCUCGAUUCAGACCUAUUGAUACAAUGAUUAUGAUGAUGAUGAUUCGUGCUAAACGACAAUCUAAUCUUACUUUAUCGGAACUUGAUGACAAUAAUAAAGAGAACAUUUUUUCAACAACAAUGUUACCAUUGACACCUGUAACAAUGACUGGUUUCAAAAAUUCAACAAUAAUAACAACAACAACAAGUUCAACAGGUUCGACCAAUACAAAUCAUCAUUCAAGUUCGAUUGACAAUCGAAAAGUUCAAAGUUUUAUCAGUUUAAUCAAAAUUGAAGAUGAUUUCAAACCAUUAUUUAAAGGACGUAUUAUACCGAAAAAUGAAUUAAAUUUGACGGAUAAAGCCCGAAAAGUAAUGAGUGAAUUAGAUUAUUAUGAUGAUCUGGAUAAUGAUGGUGAUGGCGAAGACUAUGAAAGUGAUGAUUAUGAUGAAAAUAUUGAAAAUGUCAUUACAAUUGUCACUUCUACCACUGAAUCGUCAGUGAAAAAAACGGAUGGGAACAUCAACAACAAUGAAGACAGUUACGCAGAAGAAGAUGAUAUCGAUAGAGCUGUCGGUGGUAUUAGUGGAAUUCUGGAGAAAUUAAUUCGAGGACCGAAUAAAGAAGAAAUUAAUGCAAAAUCCAAACCGGAAGAUGUAUACAUUUUUCUCAGUCGAAUCAUUCAAAAUGAAUAUGGUAAAUCGAUUAAAGCAACAAUACCAAGAAUCUAUGAUUAUCAAUUUCCAAUUAGUGAACGUAUUUCACAACGUUGUUUCAAUUCUUUUGCUCAAUUUGCCGAUCGAUUACGGAAACAUUAUAUUUGGCCACAUAAAAUGAUUGAAGCAUCAGCAAGUUUUUCUUCAUUUAAUAAAUUUGCACUCCGUAGUUAUGGAGAUUUUGAUAGCUGUUUGGAUAUUGUAGCCGAUGAUGGAGAUCGCCGUACUAAUGAAGUAUUUUUCACUGGACAAUAUUGUCUUCUACAAGUAGAAUUACCCUUGCCGGAAUUGAAAUCAAGCAUCACUUAUUAUGAUCGGAUUCUAUAUUUUAAUCAAACAGAAUUAUUUGGCACAUUUAGCGAAUAUUUUAUGAUGAUAGCACCGUUUCUAUAUUCAAAUCCAUUAUCAUUUGGUCUUUGUUUGCCUUCCACUUGUUCAGCCUCAGAAAUUGAAAGAGUUGGCAAUUUUUUUCUUCAUAGGCUACAUAUUAAUAUUCGCCGUUCUUCAGACUGUUAUAGCCGAUUAAAUAUGACUGUUGAAGCAUUGCCCGAAGAUUUUUAUGAACUUGAUCUAGAAUCAAUUAAACAGAUGCAAUCAUUUCAUAUCGGACAAUUUAUCGGUCAAAUGAAUCGAUAUCAAAUAUUGAUCAUAUUGUUUGUUGUCGCAUCAAUCAUCACUGUACUGUUGGCAACUGUAUACGAAGUUUAUCAUCGAUAUUCAAAUGAAACUUUAUGGAAAAGUCAUCAACGUGAUCGUCCCAAAUCUUUUAUUGUUUGUUUCUCAUUUCGAUAUAGUCUUGAACAAAUAUUCAUCAUUCGUGAUCGUUAUGUUUGCCAACAAAUGCUUGGUCAACCAAUUGAUUUUCUUAAAAAUCAAUCACAAAUGGUCAAUACUGUUUGUUUGGAUGCCCUUAAAUCAAUUGCAUUAGCAUGGAUCUGUCUUAGUAAUUUUUAUCUUCUUGGCUAUCAACCACAAAUGAUUUCUAGUCUUCCUCAUCUUCGUGAUCUCGUAUUUAAUAUGCGAACCAAUGUUUUCUAUCAAAUUGUGAUCCAAUCUUGGCUUUCAUUCGAAAUUUUUUUUGCAAUCAGUGGCUUUCUGUUGGCCUAUAUUUUACCAUAUAUUGCUAAACACGAAGGUCGACCAUCGUUAUCAUUCUUUUUUGCCAAACGAUUUGUUCGGCUUUUACCAUCAAUGUUUUUUCUCUGUAUGGCCAUUAAAUUGUUGCCAUUAUGGAAAAAUGCCGGACCAUUAUAUAAUUCAAGUGUUGAGAAAAUUUUACAACCAUGUCAAAAUCAUAUCCUAAGAAGUUUACUAUUUUUUGCUGAUUUUUAUGAUUACAAUAUAACGUGUUUACCACAUCUUUGGUAUAUUAGCAAUGAAUUUCAGAUAUCCAUGUUUGGCGUAUUCGUUCUCAUAUUUGUCUAUAAUCGACGUAAACAUGCAAUGAAAACAUUUUUCACAUUGAUUAUGAUUGGAAUUCUAUUUUCCGGUUUGAUUGCAUAUCGUCUUCAACUGAAAUCAUUGAUCAUUGUGAAUGCAAUCAUGGAUGAAAUACCUAACAUAUUCAAAUCGAUACAUUUCAAUGGAUUCGCUCAUUUUCAAUCCUAUUUUGCCGGUAUGGCAUUGGGAUAUUAUUUUCGAAUGAAUUAUAGCCAAGCAGCUAAACCAUUUAAUUUCGUAUUACCAUUACGAAUCCUUAUUGCAUUGAUAUUAUUAACAUUAUCAUCAUCAUAUGCAAUUUAUAUUCCAUUGAUAUUUUCUCAUUAUACAUCGCCAACAAGUGACGAUGUCAACAAUUGGUUAAUCAUUUUAUACUAUGCAACAGCAAGAAUUCUAUUCAUUGGGCCAACAUUAUGGAUUAUUAUACAAUGUUUACCGCGUAAUAAUAUCUUUACAAAAGUGUUAUCAUGGUCAAUAUUUCGAAUUUGUAGCCAUCUUUCUUUCCAAAUCUAUUUAUGGAAUUUGAUUAUCAUUUGGAUUUAUUUAUUCACUAAACGUACAUUAUUAGAGAUUAAUCUAAUGGAAUCGUUUCCUGUUGCAAUGAGCUUAUUCAUAUUAACAGUGGUAAUAUCGAUGUUUACUUUUUUGCUAUUUGAAGCACCAUAUCGUAAUCUAUUUCGAUAUUAUUUUGAAUCACCACGUACACAUAGUAAUUGUUCAACAAUAUCGAUGAAUGAUCGUAAUCAGAACAAUGUGAAUACAACAACAACAACAACAACAACAGCAACAACAAUGGACAAUGGACAAAUGAAAACGACAGUAUUAAUAGCGAAACAAAAUGAUUCAAUUCGAAUGAAUGAAUAUAGAGUUUAUGAUAAUCCAAACAUUGUCAUCGAUUCGUGACCCUGAAUUGAAACCUUUAAACAAAUUUUUUUUCUAUUGCUUUCAUCAAAAGUUAUACCAAAACAAUGUCGAUCAAAUCAUAUGAUUUAUGUAUUAUAAUUGUAUUGUUGUUAAUUGGAUAUUUUAUGGCGAUAAAGUACGUCAUUUAAUCAAUUAAUCAAUGAUUGAUAGAAAUCAAUCAAUUUUGUUAAAUUAUUGA